UUAUAAAAAGAAAGAAAAAAAUAAUAAUUUAGAAUUGUAUUUUAAUAUUUAAGUGAUUUUAAUUUUUUUGUGGAGUUGGGUGGACAGUUUCAGAAUUUUUUAAAAAACUCUCUAAAACACGUUGUGGUUCCCUGCUCAUUUCUUGGUACACAUUACUUGUUUCCAGAAAACGGAGCUACAUUAUAAUAAUUUAUGUUUCUACUUCAACUAUUUUAAAACUUAGCGCACAUCUGAUUUUCUUCAGUUUAGGUACUUUUAUUCCAAAGUAUCAAGAAAAUGAUAUUUUGACUAAAAUAUCAUUUGAAAUUAAACAAAUUUGCUUUGUUGCAAAAGUCGGAGUUUUAGUAAAUUUCUGAUUUUUUUAACAUUAAAAUUUUAUACAUAAAAUCAAUAAAUUUAUAAUAGACAUAGUAAGAAAACAAUAAUGGAUGAAGAAUGCUCUUCUAGUACUAUAACACCUCCACCAGAAAAAAUGGAUGAUACUGAUGCUGAUCAAUCAAGUCAGGAUUCAAGCGUGGUAGAGAUGAACAAUUCUGAAAGUGUUUUACAUAAAAUCGCAAACUUGUACGCUGAGCAAUUAAUGUCUGAUAUUUGUUUAGUGGUUGGAAAUAAUAGUUACCCAGCUCAUCGUGUUAUUUUAUGCGCUAGCAGUGAAGUUUUUCAAGUUAUGUUAAUGAAUCCUGAGUGGAAUGAAUGUCGAAAAAGUGUAAUAGAAUUAAAAGAAGAACCUAGUUGCUCUUUAGUAUUUCCUCAGUUUCUGAAAUAUUUAUAUGUUGGUCAAAUUCGUAUAUCUUUACAAACCGUAAUGCCAAUGUUGUCUUUAGCUGAUAAAUAUAAUAUUAAGGAUUUAGUACAACUUUGUGUUGAUUAUAUGCUCAAACAUAUUGCAAAAGCGGCAAUGCAGGGCUUUUUAAUAUCAUGGUUACAGUAUACAAUUGCACUAAGUCCUUAUCAUCAAGAAGUCACUGAAGCUCUAAAAAAAUACUUAAAAUAUAAUUUAGAAAUGGUAUCAGAAUCAAAGGACUUUGCCGAAUUAGAUACAAAUAUUCUAAUACUUCUGUUACAACAGAAUGAUAUUGUUGUUAAAAGUGAAUAUACAUUAUUCAACAUUUUAAAGAAGUGGUUAGUUAGUAAAAAAGAACAAUUGGACUCUGACAGUAGUUAUACAGAUGAAGAAAAGAAAGCCAUUUAUAUUCAAUUAUUAGAAUCGACUGUAGUUCACAUACGUUUUGCAAUGAUGACGCCAAAGGAACUAGCACAUUUAUUAUUGAAUCCGAUUGUUGAACACCAUAAAGAAUUUUUAGUACAAAGAAUGGCUAUAGGAAUGAGUUAUCAUUCAGGUCAUGAUGAACGAUUAUGUGAAUUGUUUUACUCUGAACAGAGUUCCUUACAAUUUACACCCAGACUUUAUUCAAACGAUGUUGGAAGUAUAAAUUUAUUUGUUCAAGAAUUUGCAAAAGUAGAAAAGUAUAAGAAUUUUGUUGGAUGCUUUUUUUCACAGAAAAGUUUAGCAGAAAGGGAAAGAGAAGAUGACCAAUGUAUAUCUUGGGAAAUAGAAUUUUUUCCACGUGGAGUUAAAUAUGAUAGGGCAAAAAUGGUUUGGGGUGAAGAUAUACCUGAAUUUGUGUUACGAACUGUAAGAUUAAGAAUAACAUGCAAAGAAAAUUUCAAAAAGGAGCAACGAUUCAAAAUCGCAGUUUUGAUAACUGGUGUUCAGAACAAAAUUCCUCAUAUUUUGACUGUUCAUGAAAGAACUGAAUAUUUUUCCGAGUCGUUUCAAGUGGUUAACAUAGAUGGGUUAUUAAAUUAUGAUGAACUAGCUACAUCCUCCAGGAAAUUGAGUCCUCAUUUAAUUGGUCCUGAUAGGAAUAGUAUUCAUAUUCAAGUUAUUGUUAUACCAAUGGGACCAUACACAAGUAGGAAUGUACCACCGUUUGAUUUUAAAUAGAAAAUAUUUAAAAAGUUUAUUUUUUUUUGUUUUUGUAUUAUAUAUCAAUAUAUUUUUCAGUUUUUCUCGUUUUAAUUAGGUAGACAAAGUAAAUAGUUUUUGGUUUAUUAAAAUGUAAUUGAAUACUAUUAUUUGUAAUAUGUUUGCAAUACGACUUUUGCCUUUUUUUAUUUUUAUUGUGAAUUAUGUAAAUUCUGUAAAAAAAACCAAUUAAAAAACAACAUACAAUCCAUUAUUAUUGACGUGAAAUAAUAUAAGUCAUUAACAAAAUACCUGUAUUAAAUUGUAAU